GUAGGAGACUACGGUUCAUCUGAUCAAGUUUCAUAUCAAAGAAAUCUUUCAAUCUUAUUUCAUCCAUUAAUUAGUUGCUUUCUUGCAAUGGCACUUUAUAAUCAUGGAGUUGAGUAUUCUUCAAGCUUUUCUGGUUCAAACAGGAGGCACAAGUAUGAUGUGUUUUUAAGUUUUCGAGGAGAAGACACUCGUGAGUGUUUUACAGACCACUUAUAUGCUGCUUUGUGUCGCAAUGAACUAAUAACUUUUAGGGAUGAGGAAGAGCUUGAAAGGGGAGAAGUUAUUAACCUAAGUUUGCUUCAAGCAAUUGAAGAAUCUUUAUGUGCAAUUGUUGUACUCUCCGAAAACUAUGCUUCUUCAAGAUGGUGCUUAGAUGAGCUCCUAAAGAUCCUUCAUUCUAAGAAAGAGUUGGGUCUUCAUAUAUUUCCAAUCUUUUAUGGUAUAGAUCCAUCCGAUGUUCGGCAUCAAAGAGGAAGAUUUAAAAAGGCUUUUGAAGAGCUUGAACAAAAGUUUGCGCAUGACAAAGUUUGCAAAUGGAGGGAUGCUUUAAAAGAAGUUGCAGACAUAUCUGGCUGGAACUCUAGAUAUUAUAGGUACGAAUCAAAACUCAUUGAAAAUGUUGCUGAAAUUUUGAGGUCAAAAUUAGAUGAUCAACGAUCUUUCAACUCAAAUGAUGAAGGUGUGGUCAAAACUCACUUAAAUGAUGAUCGAUUAGUUGGUAUUGAUGCAAAGAUAGCAGAGUUUGAUUCAUUUCUAGCCAAUACAUCGGAGGGAGUUCAGUUUAUUGGAAUAUGGGGAAUGGGAGGGUUAGGCAAAACAACUCUUGCUAGAGCUGUUUAUAAGAGAAUAAAAAAGAAUUAUGAAGUUCAUUUCUUUCUUCAUAAUAUCAGAGAGAAAUCUGCACAAAAUGGUGGGUUAAUUGAAUUGCAAAAGGAACUUCUUUCUCACCCGAAAAGAAGAACUAGAACGGAAGUCGGUAAUUCUUACGAUGGAAGAGAGUUAAUAGGAAGGAAGUUGCGCAAUACAAAAGUUCUACUUGUUCUUGAUGAUGUGAGUGACAUAAACCAACUUGAGAAUUUGGCUGGAAAGAAAGGAUGGUUUGGCAAAGGGAGUAGAAUAAUAAUAACAACCAGAGAUAAGCAUCUUUUAGUUCAGUAUGGUGUUUCUCAAUAUAAGAUGAAUUUCUUAAGUCAAGAUGAGUCCCGUCAACUUUUUCUUCAAAAAGCAUUCAAAGGAGAUCAUCCAAAUGGAGAUUAUUUGGAGCUUUCUAAAAUUUUGAUUAAAUCUACCAAAGGACUUCCUUUGGCCCUCAAAGUAUUCGGUUCAUUUCUUUGUGGAAGAAGUAAAUCAGAAUGGGAGGAUACCCUUAGUAAGGUUCCUCCAAAUGACAUUUUGGAGAUACUUCAAGUAAGCUUUGAUGGACUAGAAUAUAAUGAGAAGACUAUAUUUUUAGAUAUUGCUUGCUUUUUCAAUGGGGAGGCCAAGGAUAAUGUCAUCCAAAUUUUAGAAAAUUGUGGUCUUCACCCAAGAAUUGGAAUACCGGUUCUUAUUGAGAAAUCAUUGCUAACUGAAUUUGAAGGGUGCUUGUGGGUGCAUGACAUGCUUCGAGAAAUGGGUAAGAAAAUUGUGUUUCUUGAAUCACCAAAUGAUGCAGGCAAGCGUAGUAGGAUAUGGUCCUUGGAGGAUGCUAAUCAUGUGUUAGGGAAUAAGAGGGGGACUGAAGCAAUCUAUGGCAUAGUGGUAAGAUUUGACAAACCAUAUGCAAUGCAUUUCAACCCUGAAGCCUUUUCAAGUAUGAGUAAUCUCAAGUUACUUAUGAUAUCAAGUCAUUCACAUUCACGCAUGCAAUUGAAUCUCCUUCGUGGACUUAAUUGCCUUUCAACCACAUUGAAAGUCAUAGAAUGGGAGGGGUAUCCUUUAGAUUUCUUGCCAAGUCAGACUCAACUGAAUGAACUUGUUGAUCUUAGAAUGCAACACAGCAAAUUGAAAGAACUUUGGACGGGAACUCAGUUUCUACAAAGUUUGAAGUUCAUUGAUUUGAGUCAUUCAACAAAUCUUAUCAGAACACCAAAUUUUGAUGGAACUCCUAAUCUUCAAAGAUUGAUUCUUGAAGGGUGUACAAAGCUUGUUGAAGUUCACUACUCUCUAGGGCAACACAAGAAACUUGUCAUUGUUGAUUUUAAAGGUUGCAAAAGUAUUAAAACCCUUCCAACCAAAAUCGAGAUGAAUUGCUUAGAGUUGUUUAUUCUCUCUGGUUGUUCAAAAAUUAAGAAACUUCCUGAGUUUGGUAAAGGUAUGGAACAUUUAUCGUUGCUUGAUUUAGAGGAGACUGCUAUAUCAAAACUGCCUCAAUCAUUCGUCAAUUUGAUUGGUCUUGCAAUAUUAAAUUUAGCGAAUUGCAAAAAUCUGGUUUGCCUUCCAAGUGAUUUUCAAAAAUUGAAAGCUAUAAAGAACAUCAAUAUUUCUGGUUGUCCAAAGUUUUCAAGGCUUCCAGAAAAUUUGAACGAAAAUGAGGCAUUGGAAGACCUUGAUGUGAGUGGAACUGCUCUAAAAGAAGUGCCUUCAUCCCUCCGUAAUCUAAGAGUAUUGUCUCUUAGCCGAUGCAGUGGUUAUUCACAAUCAUCAUCAUCAUCAUCAUCAUGGGAUCUCUACUCCCUUCCCAAGCGGGCAUUUAGGCUUCAAAGGCCUUCAACAAUGUUUUCAGGGUCUCCUUUUUCAAACCUAUCAUCUUUGGUCACGUUACAUUUAAGUUAUUGCAAUCUUCAUGAUGAAUCACUAUCCAAUGAAAUCAGCAGUUUAUCUUCAUUGACGGCAUUAGAUCUGAGUGGAAACAACUUUGUUGAAUUUCCUUCCGGCCUCAUUUCCAAACUUCGAAAACUUGAAUCUAUUGGUUUAAAUAAUUGCCCAAGGCUCCAGUCUUUGCCUCAACUUCCAAAAAACCUGUCGAUUAUACAAGCUGGUGAUUGUCCAUCAUUGAAACAUUAUGCAUGUUCACAACAAUUAUGGGAAUUCAUUGAGCACUUCGAAUCUCAGACUCGACUACGCCGAAGUGAAAUCUCAGGUCAUGACUGGAAAUGUCACUUUUUAAGCGACUAUGUGUCUGCCAUUGUAACUUGGGAUUCAGAAUUUUCUGACUUCUUUAUGCAACCUACUCGCUUAUUAACUAUUCCUGGUAAUGAAGUGCCAUCAUGGUUUCACAAUCAAAGCUAUUAUUGUGCGAAAGAUUUCCCUUAUGAGUAUACUCCAACAAAUGUGUCAUUCACAAUAGAACUGCCUGAUUCAUGCCGAUCAAGUGAAUGGUGGGGCAUAGCCGUAUGCUUAGUGCUAGAACAUGAUUUGGAAGCUGCAGAAUUUGAUGAUGCUGGCGUCCUUUGUUGGACUUAUAGAGUUUCUGAAGAUGAAUAUUCAAAUUCAUUUCGUUGUUGUAGCAUUUGUGUGCAGUCUAGUUGUCGUCAUCAACGAUGUAUCAUCUACAUUCGUUCUUCCUCAUUUGUUGUGGAACAACCACUUCAAAUGGUAUUUUUCAUUUACAACAAAGGUGAACAGAAGAAGUCAAUUUUUAAAAUAGAACAGUGUGGGUGGCGUGUAUUGUGUAAAGAAGACGUUGAAAGGUGGCGAAACACGAGAGAUGAAGGAUACAGCAGUACAAAUAAUGAUCAGUUCAUUGUUGAAGAAGAUGAGUCUAUCACCAGUGCAGAGCCUAUAGCUAGCCGAUCAGACCAGAGGGAGUUGAGAUUGUGCCUCAAUAUCCUAUGGCCCAUUAUGCUUUUUUUAUUUAUUAUGUUUAUCUCUAUUGUAUUUAUAAUUGAGAUUAUAGGAUAUAUUAUUUAUCGGCCAAGUUAUUUUUUCUAGGUCUUUUUAGAAACUCUAUAUAUAUAUAUAUAUAUAUAUAUAUAUCAAGCCUUUCUGUCCUUAUACAAAUCAGAUUCAGAUGAUUAUUAUAAACUCUAUUUUUUAUUGUGAA